AUGAUCGAGAAGGUCAAACUAGAAACAACUUCUGAUCAGGAGCUGAUGAUGCUCAAAACGAUUGUGCACGAAGGCUGGCCAACAUCAAUUAAAGAAGUUCCACAAGUUCUCAAACCGUAUUGGUGCUACAGAGACGAAAUUAGUAUUGAAAAUGGAAUACUCAUGAAAGGGCAAAGAAUCAUUAUACCAUCAACCCUUCAAGUCGAAAUUCUUGGAAAACUUCAUGCAGCACAUCAAGGUGCAGAGAAAACAAAACUUCAUGCCAGAACAUCCGUCUUUUGGCGAAAGAUGAACGAAGAUAUCGACAAAAUAACCAAAUCUUGUCGUACCUGCCAAAAAUUCCAACCAACGCAAACCCGACAACCACUCAUCCCAACAGAAAUACCACCUCGCCCUUGGCAUACAAUUGCCACUGAUCUGUUCUAUCUUGAUAACACAGAAUAUUUGCUUGUUUCCGAUUAUUACUCCAAGUACCCAUUUGUGAGGAAAAUCCCAAAAGGGCAGAGCAACAGCAAGACCAUUAUAGCGAUCCUAAAGCAGAUAUUCAGCGAACAAGGAAUCCCAGAAGUCGUUUGUUCUGAUAACGGUCCACAUUAUUCCAGCAAGGACUAUCGCGAAUUUGCUAAUGAAUACGGGUUCCAGAUAGUAACAAGUUCACCCCAUUAUCCCCGAAGUAACGGGUACAUUGAAAGUCAAGUGAAGACAGUGAAAGCAAUAUUAGCUAAAGCUAAGAAGACCGAAACUGACCCGAACAUUGCUCUCCUUUGCUUGCGCUCCACACCGAUAGACAAUACGUUACCAUCACCAGCAGAACUGCUCAUGAAAAGGAAACUUAAAGACAAUUUACCGCGGAAAAUUACCAGGGAUCACAAUAGUGAUGACAUUAUAACCAGAUUAGAGCAAAGGCAGGAAAAGCAAAAACAAUAUCAUGAUCAACACGUGAAACCUCUUCCUGCUCUACAGUCAGGACAAUCUGUCAGUGUCCAAAAUCCGUCGACUGGCAAAUGGAGUCCAGCAACCAUAAAGGAAAAGAUUUUCAAUACCCCAAGAUCUUAUCAAGUCGACACACCAACAGGGGAAUUGAGGCGCAACCGAAUCCACCUGAGAGAAUUACCAUCUACGCCACAAUCAAGCACAACCACCAACAAUCCUGACAACAGCAACAAUCCUGACAACAGCAACAACACGUCAGGUAGAGUAACAACUCGAAGUGGACGAGUGGUAAAACCACCAGACUAUUACGCAUGA